AUGCUCACAAUGAAUCAAUGUUGCCAAAGAAUUGGAGCUCCGUGUACAGGAACCUUUAUUCGUCGUUGUUGUGGUGAUUUACAAUGUGAAUACGAUACACUGGAAAAAAUAGUCAGUGCUGCUCAAACUACUGUAAAUUUUUUGUCUGUCUUUGAAACUAUGAAGAAUAUAUUGAUGUUGAAUAAUCACUUCUCUUUGUAA